AUGGCUGACACAUACACUGAGGUCCCCUUGGCUGAUAACGUAGCUAAACAGCGCACUGAACAGUUUGAAGAAUUCCUUAAAUUUGAUAAUCACGCCAACGAAAAAGGUGCCUAUGUGGAUCAAUUGGAGACUCUGUUUCUUGCAAAGAGCCGUCGUUUGAUUGUCAGUAUCGAUGCUCUUCGUCAAUGGGAUCGUGAAUUAGCAAUGGAAUUAAUGAACAACCCUGCCGAAUGUUUGCCUGCUUUUGAUGCUGCUUUGAUGAACAUGGUCAAGGCUGUCAAGCCCGAGUUGACGGAACAGCCUUUCUAUGUUGGAUUCAAGGGAAGUUUUGGUGACAAUUAUGUGAACCCUCGUACGCUGCGUGCCAUGUACUUGGGCAAGUUUGUCUGUAUCGAGGGCAUCGUCACUCGCUGCUCUCUCGUGCGUCCCAAAGUGCUCAAAUCCGUUCACUACGCCGAGAAGACCAACAGUCAUUACAUGCGUGAGUAUCGUGAUGCCACUACACCUGGCAAUCCAGUCCCUACGGGCGCUGUGUAUCCCACUGCAGACGACAACGGCAACCCUCUUAUCACUGAAUUCGGCUACAGCACUUACCGCGAUCACCAGUCUCUCAGUAUUCAAGAAAUGCCAGAACGUGCACCUGCUGGUCAACUGCCUCGAUCUGUGGAUGUCAUUCUAGACGACGACCUUGUGGACAGAGCCAAGCCUGGAGACCGUGUGUCCAUUGUGGGUAUCUAUCGCUCACUAGGUAACAGAAAUGCUAGCCAAAGCAGCUCCACCUUCAAGACUGUCAUCCUAUGUAACGAAAUUAGUCUUUUGAGCACCAAAGCAGGUGGCGGCAUUGCGGCACCUGUCAUUACCGACAGAGAUAUCACUCAUAUUACAGAACUGGCUCGCAAGAGAAACUCAUUCAACAUUUUGGCGCAAUCAUUGGCACCUUCUAUUUGGGGCCACGAGUAUAUCAAGAAGGCAGUGUUGAUGAUGCUGUUGGGUGGUGUUGAGAAGAAUUUGGAAAACGGAACUCAUAUCAGAGGUGAUAUCAAUAUGUUGAUGGUGGGUGAUCCAUCUACUGCCAAGUCUCAGAUUUUGAGAUACGUCUUGAAUAUUGCACCCCUCGCCAUUGCUACUACUGGUCGUGGUUCCUCUGGUGUUGGUUUGACAGCUGCCGUUACCACAGACAAGGACACUGGCGAAAGACGUUUGGAAGCAGGCGCCAUGGUGUUGGCUGAUCGUGGUGUUGUGUGUAUUGAUGAGUUUGACAAAAUGAGUGAUGUGGAUCGUGUGGCUAUCCACGAAGUCAUGGAACAGCAAACUGUCACUAUUGCAAAGGCUGGUAUCCACACCUCUCUGAACGCUCGAUGCAGUGUUGUCGCAGCUGCCAAUCCCAUCUACGGCAUGUACGACUUGACAAAGGAUCCAGCAAAGAACAUUGCACUUCCUGAUUCGCUGCUUUCUCGUUUUGAUUUGCUGUUUAUUGUCACAGACUCGCUGGAUGAAAUCAGAGACAGACAGAUCUCAGAGCAUGUGCUGAGAAUGCAUCGUUAUGUUCAACCUGGAGCUGAAGAAGGUGCCCCCAUUAUGGAGGCCAUUGACGAUAUUAUGGGCGAAGAACCAGAGGAUGAAGCAAUGGAGGAUGAAGAGAUUUACGAAAAAUUCAACCAGCACUUGCAUGCUGGUGUGUCAAGCACAACAAAGAUUCUCAAAUCAAGCUUCCUCAAGAAAUACAUUUAUUACGUCAAAAACAUUGUUCAGCCCACCUUAACAAAGCGCGCUACCGAUAGAAUCAUCAACGAAUACACAUCUCUUAGAAAUCACAAAGAAGACGAUCCCAUGCGAAAGAAGACAGCACCCAUCACUGCCCGUACAUUGGAAACCUUGAUUCGUCUCUCUGCAGCACACGCUAAAGCUAGAUUAAGCAAGACAGUGGAAGACAAGGAUGCUAAAGCAGCCGCAGAAGUACUGAGAUUCGCCAUGUUCCAAGAGGUGAUUCGUGUCCGAAAUGUUAAGCGUAGAAGAAUGGCCAAAUCAGAUGACGAGGAGGGCUUUGGCUCGUCAGAAUCUGAUAACGAAGAAGAGGCAGCCGACGGUGCUAAUGACGAUGACGACCAAGAUGAAAUGAUGGAGGACGUAGAGAGUAAUAAUAAUAGCAACAACAACACUGGAGACGCCAUGGAAGAAGACUCUGAUCAACCACUUUCUCAAAGCAGAUUCAACCUAUUCAAGGAAAAGCUAAUUACUGUGCUUAAUAAUGCUGAUGAUGCAGGUGCAACAGGCGUUUCAUUCAGUGAUGUGUUUAUGCAAAUCAACCAAGAAAUGGGCUCAGACGACUUCUCAGCUAUCGAGACAGAGGAAGCACUGCAGCAAAUGUCCACACUGAAUCAAAUCUUUUACAGCGACGGUAUGGUUUACCGUAUCUAA